GCGACAUGUUUUACGUUUCUGGUUUAUGCAUUGCUGUUUUAUCCUUCAUCACGACAACUGCCAAUGGCCUUCUCCUGCUAGCACUAUGGAAAGACCCGCACAGAAAGUUCAGACUGAUUCCGUCAACUAUUUUCGUAUUUGGAUUAACAKUUGCGGACUUUUUGACGGGAGUUCUUGUUGGUCCGUUCAUCRCAUAUAUCAGAUUUGCUAUGAGCAUUGCGCCUUAUUCGCAGUAUUCGUCACGUACCGACUCUUUUCACAUAAUUGCUAAAUUUGUCGAGACWAUGUCUUUGAUUACUAUGAACGCUUCAUAUCUGGUUUUACUCUGUUUAACAUGGAAUCAGUUUAUUGCUACGCGCUUUCCUCAUAAACAUAGACAUUUAGUUACAGCAAGAAGAGUUACCAUAAGCGURCUGUCUGCAUGGAURUACUCAAUUUUCUUCGCGUUGCUGCCUGUUYUUGGAGUUAAAAAAGAGAUWAUAUAUCGUAUUGACUUUUAUGCCCACAACUGUGCCUUUAUUUUGCUUUUAGUUAUCGCUUAUACAUGCUUAUUAGUAGCUUUUAGGAGACAAGCUUCACGAAUCAGGGCUGUGACCAAUGAGGGCCUUGGAGGCUCAUUCCAUAGGACCACAGGACAAAGAAGACGGUCGCAGAAACAAUUYACAGUCAUAGCAUUGGUGCUGGUCAUAUUUAUCRUUGUAUGCACGCUGCCUUCAACAAUUUUAUACUCAAUUUAUAACUACAYAGACCUGUCCAAAAUGGACAGAGAUAGUCUACUAAUUGCAAGAGAAGUAAGUAGUGUGAUACUCCUCUUGAAGUUCGCUCUUGACCCGUUUUUAUAUUGCUGGAGGCUGGGAGCGUAUAGGAAGGCCCUGAAGAGCAUYAUUACUUGUGGGAAUUUUCGUUACGARGUAGAAGAGAUAUCAGCUUCUAUAAGGUCAACGAGAAGGGUUUCUGGAAGGCCUUGCCAGUCAAUAGCACAAAGUCCCGCCUGAUCUCCUUACGAACUCCCAAAAAACCUUAGCAGCAAUAUCAACAAUGCAUGUGCUAAAAAUAUUCCUCUCGGCGUC